GGGAUUGGAGGAUGCUUGGCCGCACCAUCAGAUCCCAAGCUCGCCACCUCCGCUCACCUUUCUUGCGCCUUUCAAGCCCCAUGAGCACUACUGCCCCCAAGUUCAAGCUGGCUCUGUGCCAGAUUGCCGUUGGCGAUGACAAGCAGAAGAACAUCGCCACGGCCACCGCCGCCGUGACCGAGGCCGCCCAGAACGCAGCUCAGGUGGUGUCGCUGCCUGAGUGCUGGAACUCGCCGUACGCCACGACGUCCUUCCCGCAGUACGCGGAGGAGAUCCCAGAGAAGAAGGCAGCUUUAAAUGAGAAGGAACACCCGUCCACCUUUGCGUUGUCGCAGCUCGCUGCUAAGCUGCAGAUCUUCCUGGUGGGUGGCUCCAUCCCUGAGAAGGAUGCGACCGGCAAGGUCUACAACACAAGCGUCAUUUUCUCGCCUGAAGGUGAAAUCCUCGGCAAGCACCGUAAGGUGCACCUGUUCGACAUUGACGUGCCCGGCAAGAUCACCUUCAAGGAGUCGGACACACUGUCCCCAGGCAACAGCAUGACGCUCUUCGACACGCCCUACGGCAAGAUGGGUGUUGGCAUCUGCUACGACAUCCGAUUCCCGGAGCUGUCUAUGCUCAUGAAGAAGCAAGGUGCCAAGGUACUGCUCUUCCCGGGCGCUUUCAACCUCACCACGGGUCCGGCGCACUGGGAGCUUCUGCAGCGUGCUCGCGCUGUCGACAACCAGCUGUACGUAGCGGCAACUUCGCCUGCGCGUGGCCCCGAGGGUGGCUACCAGGCCUGGGGCCACUCCACUGUCAUCUCGCCCUGGGGCGAGGUUGUGGCUACCUGCGGCCACGGUGAGUCGAUUGUGUACGCCGAGGUCGACUUGGAGAAGGUCGAGGAAAUGCGUCGCAACAUCCCCACCACGAACCAGACACGCUCGGACCUCUAUGAGCUGGUGCAGAAGUAAGCAGUUGAAACGAACAGGUACCGUCGCUGAGCUUCCCCCAGCAUACAAACGCACAGGCUUCUGAAGUGACGAGUAUCCUCUGGAGAUGAGUACCAUGACGUAACUCAGAAUUGAGAUCUGUGUGGGUAAUACAACCCCAGCAAAAAGUCUCUCCU